GCCAUGGUGAUGGUAUUGUAAACACUCAGGUACAAGUUGGAGAUGGCAAGCAUGUAAUUAUGAGAGAAGGUAAAGGGUCAUCUCAAAGAAACACUCUUUAAAAGCCGUUCCCUCUCCUCUUCUCUUUUGUCGUUCUCUGGUGCACUUCUGUCAUCUUCUUUAAUUCAUUCUCUCCAUUUUCAUACGUUAGUGGCCAUUUAAGAAAACCAAAAGAAGGAAAGAGAAAAAAUGAUUCUGAAUCUGUGCCAAGUAGCCUUCCCAACCCAAAAUGCCAAAUCUUCCAAAAUCUUCAUGGCCUCCAGUGUCCACUCCACUACUCCUACAGCAAGGAAAGGGGUGAAUUUAUUAGAGAAACCCCAUUACCGGCCUGCCAAAGAGGUGCAAAUUCAAAUCACACAUUCUAUGCCGCCUGAGAAAGUUGAGAUUUUCAAAUCUUUGGAGGAUUGGGCUGAAAAGAAUUUGCUUGUGCAUUUAAAGGCUGUUGAGAAAUGUUGGCAGCCACAAGAUUUUCUUCCACAGCCUGAGUCUGAAGGAUUCUACGAUCAAGUGAAAGAGCUGAGAGAAAGAUCAAAGGAACUUUCCGAUGACUAUUUUGUAGUUUUAGCAGGCGACAUGAUAACAGAAGAAGCGAUUCCAACAUAUCAGACGAUACUUAACACUUUAGAUGGAACUCGAGAUGAGAGUGGUGUUUCUUUAAGUCCCUGGGCCAUUUGGACUCGUGCAUGGACUGCUGAAGAGAAUCGACAUGGCGACCUUCUCAACAAGUAUCUUUACCUCUCCGGACGAGUUGACAUGAAGAUGAUUGAAAGGACUAUCCAAUAUUUGAUAGGUUGUGGAACGGAUUCUAAAUUUGAAAACAACCCCUUCUCCGGAUUUAUAUACACUUCGUUCCAGGAGAGAGCAACAUUUGUCUCUCAUGGCAACACGGCGAGACUGUCAAAGGAGAAAGGAGACACAAAGCUUGCACAGAUAUGUGGCAUAAUUGCUGCAGAUGAGAAACGGCAUGAAACUGCCUAUGUUAAGAUUGUAGAGAAGUUAUUUGAGGUCGAUCCAGACGCUACGAUCUCGGCAUUUGCCGACAUGAUGAGGAAAAAGAUUCAAAUGCCGGCCCGCUUGAUGUAUGAUGGUGAAGAUUAUAACCUGUUCGAUCACUACGCAGCGGUUGCUCAGCGUCUUGGAGUGUAUACUGCAAAAGACUACGCAGAUAUUUUGGAAUUUCUGAUAGGAAGAUGGAAAGUAGACAAGUUGAAAGAUUUGUCUGGCCAAGGACGUAAAGCUCAAGAUUUUAUAUGCGGAUUAGCUCCGAGGUUUAGAAAGAUAGAGGAAAGAGCUCAAGAAAGAGUCAAGAAAGCAACAUCCAAUUCCGAUAUUCCCUUUAGCUGGAUUUUUGGCAGGCAAAUUCAAGUUUAAGGUAAAGGGAUUUUUAUGUUUGGAGAAGACAUACCGGAAUAAUUAAUAUCUCGAAUCUAUCAUUCACCUGCUUGCAUGCAAUUUGGCUGGUUGCAGUCGACUGCUAUCGCUGCUUCACCUGCAUUUAAGUAUUAUUAAUGUUCUUCACCUGUUUGUUUUUUUCUUUUUUACAAUAAGCCUGGUUGCAGUGGUAAGUCACCACAGCCCUGCAACUUGAAAACAAGUUUAAUUUUCAAAGAGGUCUCUCUUUGAAAUUUAGAUAAAUUCUAAAUUAGAGGAUGGAAUUAAAUUUGGUUUUGAGUUUCGACUUCGA